CUUGUCAACAAUUUUUUGGAAAGAGGUGGGCACUACCAUGCUGGAGCAUAGCAGGAGGAUGUCCGUCUUUGGGUAGAAGACCUGGCACAGCAUGUCAAAUUCAUCCUGCGGACAAGAAGGAGGGAAGGAAGGCCAGAACUCAUCCCAAAGACAGUUGAGACACUCAUCUUGACCUUUUCAAGGAUGUUGGCUUGCAGAGUCUUCAGCAUGGUGCUGACAGCCACUAGCUUGGUCCUCCUGCUGAUGGCAUUGAUCACGGAUUACUGGCUAGUGGCUUAUGGUACAAAUGAUAUUGUGCACAGCGGGCUCUGGAAAUGGUGCAGAGAUGGAAACUGCUUUGUUCCAGAGGUGACUUUUGACUACAUUGUAGCCACACGGGCAUUCUUGAUCAUGGCAUGUCUGAUGUCCCUAGCUGCGAUCAUCGCUCACAUUGCCUUCUUUGCACCCUGUGAUUGUGGUAUUUUGGACAAGCCCUUCUUUGCUUUGGUGGCUGCCUUCACAGCUGGACUCUUCACUCUCAUAGCUGUUGCUGUAUUCACUGCUGAGUCCUGGGGCAAGAAUGAGAACCCCCAAAUCCAGCUCACUUUCGAAUGGUCUUUCUACCUUGCCUGGGGAGCAUUUCCCAUGCUACUGCUGGCUGGUAUAUUCAGCCUUGUUGUCCAGCUGUGCUCUUCACGUUCCGGCUACAACAAUCUUUGAACGCUUGGACCCCAAAAUACAAUGGCAACUGUGCAGUGAAGCCACAGUGCAAAUCACUGGCAUCCAUAGCAAUUUGUCUCAAGAAAACUUUGGAGUAUUCACCCCACUUUACCCCUGUGUUAAGGACCAGAAGUCUCUGGAUGUCAUAAAGACAUGAUCUUUGGUCCACUUUGGGUUUUUUUGUGCUUGUGUAUAGACAAGUCCUAAGGCACCAAAACUAUGUAUUUCUACUAUCUUCUGAAAGAGAAUUGAGCACUUUGGACAGCUCAUUCAAUUGUGAGAUUCAUCACCUCAAUAAUAAUAAUAAUAAUUUGCCGAUACAUCACACAGUCCUAGACACUUGGGAAGUGUCUGACGUGUGAUCCAAUGCAAUGGCCAGCAGAGUAUCUGCUGUGAACUCAUCUUGUUGUGUUUCAAAUAAUAAUAAUACCAACAACAACUUUAUUUUUGUAUCCCGCCUCCAUCUCCCCGAAGAGACUCGGUGCAGCUCACAUGGGGACAAGCCCAAACAAUAUCGAUUAAAACAUAAAACAGUAAAAUUAAAUUAUAGCCACAUAAAACAACAUAAAACAAUAUCAACAGCGAUUUAGAAGCUAAACAAUGAUAAUUACUGGAAAUUCAGUUAUUAUUGUUAUUAUUGUUAUUGUUAGUGGCUGUCACUGGCCCAAAAUACACUGGCCCAGGGUAUUUUCCUCCAUGCCAAUGAAAUCCCUCCUUAUCUGUUGUUUCUGAUCCAUUCCCAAACCACCUGCAAUGUCUUCUACACAGCAGUAGUUUUCCAGCUGCCUCGUUUUCAUUUGUAUUGGUUUGUCGACUAUGGCCUCAACUUUUUCCAAGUUCAUAAACAAUAGAUGCAUUCCAUUCUGUUCUGAAAUAUGUAUCAGUUUCCAGCUUGGGUCCUCAGAUGUUGGUCGACUUCAGCUCCCAGAAACUGCAGACAGCCUGACCUAUGAUCAAGUAUUUUGAUUGACUACUGUGUCUUUAAUUAAAGAAUUCCUGUUUCUCCUCCUUUAAAUUCUUUCAAAAUCAAAAUAACGGCAGUCAAAAUAUUACAUAUAAUAAGUAUAUGUGUUAAGAUAAUUUAAUAAUCUGUGAUUGGGAUAGGCCUGUGCCUGUUUCCUGUAGGUUACUAAUUUUUUCAUGCCAUUUCAAUAUUCAGAGAUGUUUUUAUGUGUCCUUAUUCAAAAUGUACAAUUUGUGGGAUGAACCAAUCUGGAGCUAUUGGAAAUGUUCAUGUCUUUAUAUUCUCUGAGUUGGUCUAAUAAAGAUACUUUAAUGCA